UUGAAAUUAAUAGAAAAAUAAAAGAAAUAAUGAGUGGAAAGAUAUUUGCAUUUGUGUGUUCCAUGCUUCUCCUCGUUAUUUCGUUAUCAAAAUCGCAGCAAAGUUUUACCAACCAGGAUAAUAAUUUAACGAUACGAUACGAGAUAAAUACGGAUUCUACAACAAAUUAUAACGACGAAAUAAUAACACUGCGACAUGAUUUGCAUACAAAGAUUAUAAAUAAUACACAAAAUGACAAUAAAGAUGAUGAGCAAAAAUCGAUGAAAUCUAACACGAAUUCGACAAAUGUCAAUCAUAAAAGGAAUUUUACGCUGCAGGAAGUUUAUGAAAAUGUAAUUGAAAAGAAUGAUUCUAUGUCACUUGAAGUCCUCAAAAAUUCCAACAAAGAUGCUGAUGAAACUAUCAUCGUCCCAAACGAAAUGUGUCAUAAUGAUACUUGUAUUCGGUUCUGCUGUUCUCUUGGCGAUCGUUUGGUUGUAAGCAACUGCACUCAUGAAGAAAUUGAAUACAUUUUUCCGAAAGUAUACAUGAACGAUUUGACGCAGAGUGAAAAGAAAGUAAACGAAUUGUUUCAACUGACUAUUUAUGAUUCGUGCAAGGGUAGUCACUCUUUGUCUCCCAGAGGUUUUCAGUACGAUUAUAAGAUUUUUACCAACGGUUCUAUAUAUUUACCUUAUGAUAAAAUAUUUGUUGAAUCGACAUCGUAUUGUCUCGCCGUCGUCGACGGAAAUGAGUUCGAAGUAACCAUCUGUUCCAAAACUUUCGACAAGAUCAAAGAGAUAACUCAUACUAUUACAAACAAAGAUAUUAUGGAAAUGAGUGUCGAUAUAGCAUCUAUAUUACUUUUGGGGUCAGCAUUUCUCGUGUAUUCCAUAUUGCCGGAACUCCGAAAUAGAUACGGCUUCAUGUUGCGCAAUUACAACGGUGCCCUGACUAUUGUAUACGGAAUUCGUUUUGUGCAUUUUUUGAUCAAAUCGGAUGAUAUACAGUAUUCCGUUUGCGUUACAAUAGCCUUUAUACAAUACUUUGCCUAUAUGGCGAGUUACUUUUGGUUAAUUAUAAUGAGCUUUGAUAUGUGGUGCACAUUCAGAGAAUUCUGUUCGUUACAAAGAAACGUCAGACAACAAGAAAAAAAAAAGUUGAUAUAUUAUACGAUCUUUGCAUGGGGAUGUCCCUUUAUGUUUGCUAUUUUAUCUGUCAGCAUGGAUAUUCUUUCUAAGUACCAUCAUGUACCACCAAUUUUGCAACCGGAAUUUUAUUUAGGAGAUUGCUGGUUUUUUGAGACUGGUCCGUAUAUGUUGUAUUAUUAUGGGCUCAUGAGUAUGUGCGUCACCAGUAGCAUUUGUUUAUCUAUUUAUACGGCAUUAAAAAUUGAGCGUUUCACAAAGGAAUCGGGUUCUUUUCUAAAAGAUUUGGAGAACAAAUGCUUUAACGAUAAUAAAAAAUGGUUUAAUCUAUAUCUGCAGCUAUUUAUCGUAAUGUUUAUCCUAAUGGGCAUAGAAUUGAUCGUGAUAGCAGCGUACGAAAUAUUUAAAACUGAACCAAUUUACAACAUUGCAUUGUAUGUUGUUGAUUCGCUGGACAUUAUGCAGAGUCUGUGCGUCUUUAUCGUAUUUGUGUGUAACAAAAAAAUCAAGCGCAUGUUAUUCAAGCGAUUCGGCUUCGGUUUAUCGCCAAAUGCUGGACACGGAUCGAAUGCAACAUUGUCGAGCAUUUUUACCACGUCACAAGAAAUAGUCAUGCAGGAGAAAAUGAGUUCUUCCGGACGAGCAAGAAGUCACACUGAUAGGAUCGACUUUUAAUUUUUAUUUGAAAAUUAAAAUCAUGUUUUUUUAUGUCGUUCUUUAUAGUUAAGAUUAAAAAUUAUAAUUCACACAUAUUUUCGGAUUUUGUAGCAAAAGCAUAUUAUUUUGUCUCGUUUCUUUUUCAAAUUUAAGUAAAAUUAUGAUAUAUUCCUUGACAUAAA